GAAAGGCUACUCUGUCGAAUUUGUAUGCAGAAUAAUUUGCAUAUACAUAUUUUUUCCCUGUUUGGGAGCUCUAUUUGGCAGAGGGAAAUAUGUACCUACUUCUACCACGUAUUUCCUGGAAUGCCAUGGCUUCUCACGCAAGGAGCUUUUCUUUGAUUCUUUAGCGCAAAAUGUACAGGUUCAAUCAACAUUCGAAGGGUUCAGGAGAGAUCUUUGACGUUGUUCUCUCUGGAGGUUCACCUUGGGGUUUUACAUUGCAAGGGGGCAGUGAAUUCAGAACGAAGCUUUGCGUCUUAAAGAUAACUCCUGGCAGCAAAGCAGAUCUUUCUCAGGCUAUUUUAGUAGGGGAUGAAAUUGUGGCAAUAAAUGGAAUUGAAUGCACAUCCAGAGCAGAAGCCAUUGAAUUAGUAAGGUGUUCAAGACAGAAGCUUAAAAUAGCUUUAAGAAGGGAGGGUGCUGGACCAAGCCCUGUUGCACAGUCUAAUGGUGGCAGUGUUAAGAAGAGUAGUGAUGUGGUCCCAAAUCUGUACAAAACGGCCAGUGAUUUUUAUUCCACCUUUAAUGUAGAUAGACAAAAAUUUGCUGAGAUAACUCAGAACAAGAAAUCUAGCAAUAUUUUUGAUUCAACUGAUAACCUUAGCGCUUCACAUGAAAACUUGUUAGAAAGCUAUCGCGGUGUGGACAAUCAAAGGAAUUUCGUCAAUUCACCCACCAUGGAGGAAACUGGUGACAGACUGUCAAGGUCAUCAACAGAAAUAGCUAAUGGAAGAACAAGUCCAGAAGUGGAUGGACUGAGACGAAUCAACUCAUUGAAUAGUGUAACUGGCAAAAGAUUCCCAAAUAGCACAGCCCUUCUUGGAGCAGCACAAUUCAACCGUCCCGGAAUGGAGAUUUAUGGAAGAACAUGGAGCUUAAGGCGUGGUAUCAGCCUUCCUGAGGGUCAGUGGCCUGUGAUGCAUCAUCAUCAGCGCAUGCACACCAGCCCUGGUCGCAUACAGAAGGUGACAGUAAAAAGCACCAACAUAAAGUCACCAGUGUCACCAAGAGAUUCUCCCACAGAUAAAGACACUGAAAAUCAACACCCAACGCGAAAGAACCCCGACGAUUGGGUUGGGCGGUGGCUGAUGGAUCAUCCAGGCUCCUUACAUCAUCAAUUUGGCGCGGGAAAUAGUGGCUCAGUAACACUGGAUUACAGGGACACACCGGACAGAAGGAUAAGUCUACAUGAAAGGACAUCUGCUAACAAGAGCCAGUCUCUUCCACGAAGCAAAAGUUUCGGGGGCCCUACUUCUUACGGAGUCACAGUCACAGCUACGGCGGUGAAGCGAAACGAACCCAGUCACCAAGCGAAUAACCAAAGAAUCUCACACCGCUCUGGUUCAUCGAACUUAAUGCGAGAAAAGCAACAGCGGUUGGGGCAUGUUAGUGACAUGCAUCCAAAGGAGAUGACUGCACGCCAAGCAGAAAUGUCGUGGAACUCUAUGGUGUACGCACAGCCAGGCGACAGUGUAGAAGUACGCUUACCAAGGGAUAUGAUAGGCCCCAAAAUGACUACCAGUGAGAGCACUUCGAGCCUCGACUCAAUUGGGACAAUGGAUUCCUCUGUGAGUGGUGCACGUAGACAGGGACCUGCUCCUCCCCCGCGACGCAGCGUGUCAAAGCUGCUGAGCUCAUUCAGGAGUAGCGGUCGACGUCGCGUCCCUGAUGAGGUACAGAUUCCUGAUGAGGUACAGAUUCCUCCGAGGUUCGGUGCAGUCUCACGAAUGUCUGAUGUUACCAGCGAUCAGCCGAAGCAUAGCGUGUCCAGGUCCUGGCCUACAGACAACGUGGAUAGCAAGCCUACCGGAAACGAGGCGUCAAGGCAGUCGUGGCAUGCUGAGCCAGCGGUCGCGUCCCACCAUGAUAGAAGGGAAGCGAAUUCCUCCAUUUCUUCUUCUUCCAGUGAUGCCACACCGGAAAGAAAAAUAUCCAAGACAUCCAGCAUGAGAUAUAGUACAUCAGUCGUCAUAAAAACCAUGCGUUCGUCAUCUUCUUCCUCUGUGGACGAGAAAGGCACUGAACCUACGGUGUACCGUUCCGUGCCGAUUGCACCGGAAGUUGAAAAAACCCAUUCGGACAAUCGGGCCCAAACUCUCCCGGCUAGGCAACGAUUUAGCGACGUGAACCCGCCGACGAAAAUGGCCAGUGAUUCAAGUCGAUGGCCGCUUCCAAAUGAGAGGGAAACGGCGGAAACGAAUAGAAUUGAAGACACACAAAUAUUGCAAAGACUUAUGAAGGAUAAUGCCAAGAGUUUGGAAACUUCACCAAGCGUCAAAUCAAGAAUCGCCAAUUUUGAAGGGGGGUGCAAGAAAUCAGCUGCGGGACCUCCAUCCCAAGAGCGACCUCGCGUCCAGCACCGUUCAUUCAGUCAAGGAAAACUCGAUCGUUCUCAGCAACCAUUGAAAGAAUCGAUCGCAAAUCAAUCUUCGUCCAUGGAAUCACUUCUCGAUACCAGGUCUCCUAGCAGACGUGAGUCUGCUUCUAAAUCACUAGACCAGGAAAAAUCACCGAUCCAAGGUGGCCGACAUCGACCGAAACAAUGGGAAACAGAUCAGGGCAGAUCGGAGCAGGAAUUUAAGAGAGCGUCUUGGAGCUCUUCCAACGCUCAAAACAACCGCGGUCCAAGGGAACCAAGACCUUACCAUGAAACCUCAUCUUCGCGUCAGGGACGACAGCAAACUCUGGAAGAACCAUCGAAACAAGUUGAAAUCGCCACACGAAAUGAAAACAGAGUGAAUUUAGCGACAGAGGGAGUUACUUCACAGAAUGAAAAGCCUUCUUUUAACUCAAAUAUUCCCGACUUAGACUUCAGUCGAAAGUCGGCCAAAGUAGAACCUCUACCUCCUUCAAAUGAAGACGAAAACAGCGUGUUCUGGGAUGCAGAUGAUUCUCUGCCGCCUCCGCCCCCGUUGGAACUGUUCGACCCACUAGAAACGUCACAAGACAGCUUGCCUUUGCCCUCCCCGCCACGGGAAGUUCUGGUCGAGUUUCCGCCUUCGGUUGGUGACUAUGAAUCGCGACGGGAUCGAAUUGAACAGAAGGAGACGUUUGAGCGAAACGGUGUGGAUAGUAGCGAUGUGAUAAAACCUGUUGGAUCUGUCGUGGUGGAAUCAAGCGUGGAAAUUAACCACGAAACUCAAGUGGAACUAAAUGGACCGGGGAAGCUGGAAUCUAGUGGAUUGUCUAGUACAGCGCUGGAAUUCUCCGGAAGUACUGAUUUGUCAUCAAAAGAUGCAUCUGUUACAGAGAGCAGGAGUUAUAUCUCUCCAAGAGCUCCUCCACCGGCUCCACUUGUAUUAACGUCAACCCCUACCAAAUUAGAGGGGUCUAACGAAAAGGGCACCUGUUUAGAUGUCUCUAACAGCCCUCACAGUUUAAGUUCUAGUACGUCCACUCCAUCCGGAAGCCGCCCUAACAGCAUGUUGAGCCCAAAACUGGUAGAAUUGGACAAAGAGAAGGCUGAUCUUGUGGAAAGCAUGAAGCAGAAAAUAGUGGACUUGAGAUCACAGAUGGACGAAAUUAAAGAUGAAAUCGAUGGCAAUGAGGAGCUGGGACAAAGAGUCACAAAGGUCGUGGAAGGAAAGACGAGUGAUAGCGAGUUUUCUAAGUAUCAGCGUUUUACAGGCGAGCUGAACAAGAUUAUAGGACUGUUACUGAUACUCACGCAGAGAAUGCACAGAUAUGAAAUGAUGCUCCAUGAUUUGGACAUGUCUGAAGAAGCCGACCGACAACAAAGAGAUAUCUUACUCGAUAAAAUCGACAAAGUCACUCUGCAACACGAGGAAGCGUGUAAAAUCAAGGAAGUGAACGAUAAGCGCGGAGAGGUAGUGUCGAAGAUUUUAGAAAAUUGCCUGGAAGAGGAGGAAUAUGCAGAUUUUCAGUACUACAUAGACAUGAAAACGCAGCUCGCUCUUAUGCACGCGGAAAUUCGUGACAAGGUCAAAAUGGGAGAGGAAAGGUUAAACACUUUGAAUUCGACAAAGAUUGACUGGAGCAUUCUUAGUUUGACGUGAGUGUCGCCGAAGCUCCACCUACUGUUGUUGACCGAAGAGUUCCGAAGAUUCAUCGACAAAUGUCGACCAAAAAUUGACCAAACAGAGCCACCUGAUGCAGCAGGAAUUAUCGUAUGGGUUCUGAAAGCAGUGGUCGUAAGAACAAGUGUAAAAAUAAGACUUUUUUGUUAAGUUUUAUUUAAGGGAGGUGCCGUUAUCACAGACAUUUUGAUGUACUUUUUUUUUCUUUUUGGCGUGAUCCACCUUAAACUUAAUUGAACCAAGUCCACGGUCUGAAGUUUAAAUGUUUUUGGAACUAAAGGUAAAAUGUUCUGAGCACUCUGACCAGAGACAUUUUUAAGCUGUCGGAAAGAGCACGGAAAGCGUGCUAGUGGGUUCGAAAACCCAUGGCGAAGUUCGUUGUAUCAUCUUGCAAUAAUCACA